AUGUCUUCUUUUACCGACCUCACGACUCGGAUCGCCUCUAAUGCAGGUGUGCUCGACUACCACCUGAAAUUUAAUGAGUUCAAGGCCCCGUCUUUUGAUGAAAACGCCGAGCCAGAGUUCCCUAAUCCCAAGCAUGACCCUUAUGUGGAAGCAGCGCGUGUGGCCCUAAUCGACGACACGCGAACAUUACGUGACCUGGUGCAGGGACCUGCUCAAGUCCUGAGAGAAUUGUGCUGGGGGUCGAUUGAUCUUGCUGUGCAACGAGUCAUAUACCACUUCAAGAUCCACGAAGCUGUCCCACUCGAGGGAUCAAUUUCGUAUGGCGAGCUCGCUAAAAAGGUCGGCCUUCCUGAACGACAGGUUGAGCGAUUCUUACGGCAAUCGACCUUGAACGGCAUCUUUGCGGAGCCCAAGCUCGGCUACAUCGCUCACAGCGCAGCCUCGGCCGUCCUGCUGCGCAACAAGCCCAUGCAUGACUGGUACGGCCACUGCCUCGAAGAGCUCUUCCUCGCUGGCGCUAAGUUAGCCGAUGCGCUGGACGAGCACCCAGGUAGUGAGAAGCCCGAGGAGAGCGCUUUCAGCAAGGCAUUCGACACGACAGACCCUAUUUUUACGUUCCUGGAAAAACACCCGGACCGUCAAGCGCGGUUCUUCGGCACCAUGGAGGGAGUCGGAAAGGAGUAUGGUCACAGCCUUCUGCACGUGGUCAAUGGAUAUGAUUGGGCAGCACUGGGCAAGGCCACCGUGGUUGAUGUGGGCGGGUCUUCUGGUUUCGUGAGCGCAGCGCUGGCUUCGCAGUUUGCGGAUCUUACCUUCGAAGUCCAAGACUAUAAGCACACGAUCGAGCAAGGACGUGAGCAACUUUCGGUCGCUCUUCAAGAUCGUGUGGCUUUUGUGGCGCACAACUUUUUCGAUCCUCAGCCGACGACAGCCGAUGUCUAUAUACUGCGGCAUAUCUGCCACAACUGGUCCAAUGUUAAUUCGGCCAAGAUUGUCCAACAGAUCGUGCCGGCCAUGAAGCCAACUAGCAAGAUUGUACUUGUGGAGGUGGUCGUGGUGCCCCCGAAGGUUGUCAACAGCGUCCAGGAGAGAUAUAUGCGGAAUGUGGAUAUCACGAUGCUUCAGAUGCUUAACACUCAAGAGCGCAGUGCCGAAGACUGGCAGGAGGUUGUGGCCCUCGCGGACCCCCGAUUGAAGAUCCUUGGUAUUCAUAAGCCCUCAGAAAGCUGGGACUCGCUCAUCGAGAUCGGAUUCGCGGAGUAA